AUGCUGCUGCAGCUGCCCUUAAAAUUGCGAGGCUGCCAUGGUUCUCCACUCAGCGCUGAAACGCCAGCGUUCAUACCAGGCGAUACUCCAAUCAAGCAAAGUGAAGGCCAGCAUCCAAAAUUUGAAAGCGAACACCUUGAGAUGGAUGGCAUCAAUGCGGCUAUAUACGACCCUAUCGACGCGAGCGGUACCGGUACUGCAAGUGUAUCAAAUGAGACAUCCAACAAUCAGCUCCCGGCAACCGAAAAUCCUGGCAACGUUGAACGAUGCGACUUUUGCGAUACUACGGGCCGCAUACUCGAUUGCUGUCGAACAUCAAGAGCUAGACGGCCAUGCACCACGUGCACGAGACUAGCUGAGCUCUUUACUCAAGAUUACCGCAAACAACAAGAAUGUAUCGAGGACUUGAAACACAAGUUGGAACAGCAGAAUCGCGAAACACUAGAUGAGAGAUACACUAGGCUGCAUGUCGAAAAGAAUAGAAGGAUCGAGCAGCUCAAGGAAGAAACCAUGAAAGUCGAGCAAGAGGAUGCAGAACUGAGAGCAGACGCAGAGAAGCGACAGUGGGAAUUGAAAGCGUUGAAUAUGGAAAUUAGGAGGUUGCAGCCGGUACAGCUAUUCUUUAUUAAGGAGAGAAAGGGCAAGAAGUGA